AUGAUUACAGGUCUGUCCAUGGAGAUUGGUGACGGUCGGCAGACCCAAUUUUGGGAGGAUGUAUGGCUACAUUGUGGUUUCUUGAAAGAUCGAUUCCAUCGGCUCUUCUCUAUUUCAAACCAGUGUGGUUUGCUUAUUGGGGAUUGUGGGUUUUGGGAUGGGCUUGAGUGGGUUUGGAACUUCCUAUGGAGGCGAGAGUUUUUUCAGUGGGAGUUGGAUAUUCUGGGUCAGUUGCAUGAGACUUUGAGAGCUGUGAGGCUAGUAAAUAAUAGGGAGGAUAUAGUGGUGUGGAAAUAUGAUAGACUUGGUAUUUUUUCGACUAACUCCUUUGUGCAGGUGCUACAAGAAGGAAUGCUUGCAAAGGAUACAACCAGUUACAGCUUCACUCACUCCAUUUGGAAAGGUCUAGUUCCUCCAAAAGUAGAGUUGUUUACUUGGUUUGUUUUAAUAGGCAGGGUGAAUACUAAGGAAAGGUUGAGUCGGUUCGGGAUACUCAAUCAGGUUGAUAUGAGGUGUGUGUUAUGCAACAGGGACAUUGAGCAGGUCCAUCACUUGUUUCUUGGCUGUGAUUUUGCUUGGCAGGUGUGGAAUGCUUGGAUAUCUGUGUUUGGCCGGCUAUGGUCUCUUCCGGGAUUGAUGAAGGACCACUUUCUAAGUUGGACAGAAGAGCCGCGUAGGAAGGAGGAUCGAAAGCGAUGGUUGAGGUGCUUCUGCACGAUCAUCUGGAAUAUUUGGAUGGAAAGGAAUAGGAGGAUAUUUCAGAAUGAUAGCAAAGGUGUAGAAGAAAUCAUCAAUAUGUCUGUGAUUAGCUAUAAAGAGUGGGAAGAUGUGCUCUCUUAG